AUGUUUACGCCAAACCAAUGUCAAUCAUGCGUAGAAGAAGAAUGCAUCGACUGGGAAGGGAAGUCGGUACCCCACGGUCUGCUGUACGUGCCGGGGCCGGGAGUAUGUUCCCUCUGCGUGUGCUAUCACUCUGAGCCUAUGUGGUGCAAGGCUAUUUACUGUGAUCCGCCUUAUUUCUGCAAAAACUUCCGCGUCGGCGCACGAUGCUGUGAGUUCGAGUGCCUCGACCCUCCUGGAGAAGACACCAGAUACCGCGAGAGGCAGCGGCUUCGGGCCCUCAUCCUCGCUGGCAACUCCCCGGCUCCCCACCAGGGCCCCUCCAUCGAACUCAAAGCUGGAAUCUCCCUCCUAGCUGUAGCCGUCGCGCGCUUCGUAUGAAACACGGAACGCGUAGACCAUAACCAAUUGAAAAUUUAAGGGAGUAUUUGCCUGGCUAAGGAGGUUUUAGUUCGUGAAAUUGAAUGCCAAAAACUCACAUUCUAUGAUACUACGAUCUGCCUAUAACUAGUAAGAAUGUCCUUCACUCACGGGACCUUUUCCCUAGAACUAGAACUAUGAUUUUUUCAUGUUCAGAGUACACGAGUUCUUCUGAUUAUUAUUGUAUUAGUUCCGUUUACAACAAAAUGAAUAAAUUCGGACCAAUUUUAUGUAACCGAGUAGAGUCGUGUUCUUUUUUGGUUUUCUUUAUUUCAAUGUUGAAUGUGAAAAUGUAAAAGUAGAAACCUUACGUCAUAGACAAUUAGAGAGGAAAACGUUCUUGUUGUUUUGGUAGAAGAGAAAAACAUUCAGAGUAAAGAAAACCUUAUUAAAACCUCAUUUAUAUUCUAUUCAUCUUCAGAACAUUAAUCUAAAAAUAAUGGUGCCACUUUAGUCGAACAAUUAAAAUGUAUAGGAAAAAAUGUAGGUCAUGACACAUUGCAGAUAGAACACUUAUUUCCCCGAUCCAUAAGUAAAUUGUAAGUCCAUUAAACGGUAAAAAUAGACAGUACUUAAAAGAAAAUCUUAAUAAAAACGUUCUAGUCGACUCGCGCAUUCUGUGAGCAUGCGUCUUUCUUCACUUCUUAAAAUAUUUCACUUAGCUAGACACGUUUCGAAAUUGUAGCUUUAAAUUUCAUAUCAUCGGGCGUCCGAUUCUGUAAAUUAUUUGUAGGAACUGAAGUGAUUCAUUGGCCCACUCUAUGCGGUGAAUCACUCACCGGAUGAAAUAUAUAGCACCAAGUUCUUUGAAGAAUCUGGUUUUAGUAAUUUUAAUAAGAAAUGCUUCCAAGAGCAAAACUUCAGGUAAAAAGCAAAGUGCCUUGAGAGACUCGAGGCAAAUUUUAUUACACGCUUAGAGUUUAUUAUGAAUUAAAAUUAAAGUUUUACACUAAGAUUUUUGAAUUUUUCCCAUUUCUGGCUUAAUU